AUGCCCGCCAUGAGAAGAGUACUACUUCUUCGCGUUGUACUCGCAUGUAGACGCCUUUCAAGCGACGUUUCUCGACCAGCACAGGCCUGGAACGUGCUUUUCUUUGGUAGCGAUACGUUCAGCAACUUCUCAUUGCAAGCGCUCAACGAGCUGCGUGGAAGUGAUGGUAAUGGUUGCGUUGUUGACAAGAUUCAGGUCGUAACGAGGUCGCCCAAGUGGUGCGGCAGACAGAAAUCCGUUUUGAAAUACCCGCCGAUCUUUGACUUGACCACCAAGCUGCAAUUGCCACGCCCAAUCACAUGUGACACCAAGCAGGAAAUGUUGGCGCUAAGCAAACUGACCGCCAGCCGCCCAGGGGUUCCUGGGUCCGGCGGCCCGUUCAACGCGAUCAUUGCGGUUUCUUUCGGGAAGCUAAUCCCGGGAGACCUGAUCCGCGCAGUGCCGCUGGCGUUGAACGUACACCCUUCGCUACUGCCCAGGCACAAAGGUAGCGCGCCAAUCCAGCGAGCGCUGUUGGAGGGUGACUCCUUCACGGGCGUAACCAUACAGACUCUGCACCCGGAUCGGUUCGACCACGGCGCCGUAGUGGCGCAAACGCAACCGCUCUCCGUUGCAACGCUAUUGUCCGCAGGAAGGCUUACGGACUGUGGCUCUGAAAAUCUGCCCCGAAGAACGGCCAUACUGAUGGACCAGUUGGGCGCCAAAGGCGCCCAGAUGUUGAGUCAAACGCUGCGAGAGAGGCUAUACCUGCCGCAGAACCGUGUGCAAACGCCCACAGCUUACAAGGCCAGUUAUGCCCGCCGCAUAACAACUGAGGACAAGCGUAUUGACUGGACGCGCGAUUCUGCCGCCGAGCUACUUGACAAACUCGAAACGCUGGGUCCGCUGCACGCGUUCAAAGAGGCGACGACGGCGGCAAAAAAAGCAGCUCAAAAAACUGCGAUGAAACGAGUGCUGUUCCACGAGUGCAGCGUGUUGGAAAACACUGGGCUGCAUAACGAUGAACCGGGCGCGUUCGAAUACGAUAAGGAACACGACUGCAUCGUAGUGUGCUGCCGCGGCAGCACACUACUACGGGUGGCACGUCUCCAAUUCGAAGGCUUUUCCGUCGAACGUGCUGGCCAGUUCAUGGUGCGGCUGCGGAAGAGGUGCGGUACCCUGUGCGAGAAGCUAGCUUUUCUGUAA